ACCCCGUGGCACCUACAAGUUAAUGUGAGUGAUGAGCGAGCGAGUGGCUGCUGAGAGAAACAUACGUUGUGCUGAACGGCGAAACACUACAAAAAAGUUUAUUUUUAUUUAACAACAAAAAGGACAGUUCACAAAAGUGACCUCCGAUUUCUUCGGGGUUUCCAGUUUCUCCAAACGCAAGAAAAGAGCUGCAAUGGAUGUGAGCGCUGAAGCCAAGCGAAUCAUCGCCCUGUCCCUCACUAAGCUCUAUGGCUUACGCUCCCAACGCGGCGGUCUCAGGCUCCAGAGGAGCCUAAUGCUGUCACUGGUAAUGAAGUCUGCCCGGAACAUUUACCACAAUUCUCGUGUGAUCAGCGAAAGCCAAGCGUCAGGACCGCGGUGUGUCCAGGAACCGACCGAGGAACCCAAAACCGAGACCCCUGCGGCUCCGUGCAUGGGGCAGAGCAAGACAUCGGAGGGAGAGUGGAAGCCCAGGCUCUCCAGAUGCGAGAAAAGCAAAGAGGACAAGGAGAACCGGGGACCGUCCAAAGCGGACCGUCAGUCGAGGAAACGCAGGAGCAAAGCGGCCGGCGAGCCAGACUUCCUGCCUAGCAAAAGGGCGAGGAUGGAGACUGGGGAGGAGGGCAGGACUGUGUCAUUUAUGAGUGUCGGCGUGAGCUGGUGUCGAGCUACGGAUGGAUUGAGUGCCGUGCCCCUGGCCCAUGCCAUUGCGGCUUUCUGAUAUGGGACCUCCUGAGCGGAGUCAUUCUAAAAAGCUCCCCAGUAGCCGGGGACCCGGGGAAAGCCCAGCCGCAGCCCAGACGGCGGAGGAUGAAGCAUGAAAGGCAGAUCGCCGACCUCUGCACCCUCCGUGAAGUCAAAACAUGCCCGAAGUGAAGCAAAAGGGAGAGUCACGGGCAGGGCAGGGGAAUCCUGACCGUGCAGUCAGUGCGCUGAGUCAUAGUUUCAUCCGAUGAGUCAAACCCACCUGGUCGCAGCUGCUUGCGCUCAAAACUCCAGCAAAACUACAGUAGCGGAGAAAGCAAGACGGCAGCAAAUAUCCCGUGAAGCCGCGGACCCCUGAAGAAAGCAGAGUUAUGUUGGGGAUCAAACAACGUUGCUUUUCCCCGAUUGUUUAAAUGUGACCCUUAAUUUUGAUCCCUGUGCCGUAUUUGCUCUGUCGACCUGAGUCUUUUGUCCAUGUACAGGUGUAUGCAGACGUGUACAUUCUUUAAGUGGCGAAAAUUGUUUAAUUUAAAUGCCAUUAACCCCCCAGUUUUAGACAUUUUGUAAUUCAAUGUCUUGGGUAACUUGGGUAAAGGAAAUUUAAAUGUUUUAUGAAUUGUAAGUUUUUAUUAUUGUCUAAAUUGUAAUUUACGUCUCCAUCGUUAAAAUGCGUUUGCAAAGUAUGUAGGCCUAUAUAAGCUAAAAAGGGCAUUUUCGAACAUGGCGUGAUUGCUGGUACCACAUAUGGUGGUUCUGGUAUCUCAGGAACGACCAGCUUAGCGUGAUUUUCGCGUUAUACGCGAGCUACACUUAGAGAAUAGCGGGAUAAAAUGCAUCCAGGGCCAGUUCUACGGCUGAAAAUCCCCGACAAUGAUUCGACGGAAACAGUCCGACUUGUUCAAGUUGAAAGGAAGGCCGCGGAUGGAAAAAUAACAUCCCGAGAUGCACAUAACUGAUAAAUCUCCCUGCCCCAGAAGUGGUUCUGUGGACAAAAGCUACUUCAGAAUGGUACUGCAUAGGCGUAUUUAGUAUCACACACAUAUAUACACGGUAAUCUGUUAGAUGGGUGGGUGUGGAGUUUAACGGGAAAUGAAGGUGACCGUUUCAUCGUGAAUUAGCCACUUGCCUGUUAUAUAGCCCCGGUUUAAUCAUCUGGUGAGCACAAAAUACACUGGAAUUUGUUCUCUACUAGGACGAGACCUUGCAAAUUGUGCAACGAUCUAUGUUAUAUUUUGAUUAUCCCUGCAAUACCCGACAGAACAAGUGUAGCUCUUUAAGUGAAUUGUGGCCUCGUUAUCAAGCCAAGAACACCGAAAUUUACAUUAGUUUUAGCAAUCCUAGUAUGCCGGUGCAAAACGCAUUUGCGUUUACAUUUUAAUAGUGUCGAUAUUUUGUUGAUAUGUUAAAAUAAUUGACCUAAUUUUUAUUCACAAAAGGUCCGUAUCGGUGUGUUACUAAAUGCUAAAAGCAAUCUUUGCGGUACACGAUUGUGUGAAAAAUAAAUAAACAAUAUACUACUGUGUGAUGAUCGAUCCUGACACAUUAUAAGUAGUAAAGCAGUACUUGUACCUGCUGCGUUGGAAUUAAGAGACGCAUAAAUAUCCACUCCUUUGAAGGCGUUAAAAGCUUAAACAUUUUCGAGUACUAUCAUGUAAUAUUUCUUCUAUGGUAAUUGAACGGAAUUGUAAUAAACUAUUUCGAAAUUA